AUGGAUACCAGCUAUCUGGCCAAGCAGGUCAGCAGCAGCAUAGCUCAGCUGCACGGCCUGUUUGAUGAAAUUGGCGUUCCGGACCAUGAACGCGAGGCCCGGGAGACAGAGCUCUUCACAGCGCUUUCAGAGGCUCUUAGCAGCCAAGUGCGUCUUGUCACGGCAGAAAAAAAGGAAAUGGUCGACGAGGCCAAGAAGAUCAUCACCACCAUCCGCCAAAUGGAGGCUUCGCUCGAUGGCUCCAACUCUCGGCGAGCCGAGCUUCAAGACGACGACGAAUUCAAAAUCACCUAUCCUCUGAAUCGUUGCUUGCAAGCGCUCCAAGAAAAACAUGCGCAAAUAAGCCGUCUUCAUAGAGAACGGUUCGAGCAAGUCAAAAAACUCGUCGAGGCACUCGAGUCUUACUCGUUACAUCUCGAGCCAACCUUUGUUCAGAUUGCCCUGCCUCCAACUGGACCAAUCCAAUCGAUGCCGCCCACGUUUGACAUCUCCAACUCCUAUGUCGACCGACUGGAUGCUGAAUUCACCCGGGUCUAUGACGAGUAUGCCCGCCGCAUCGCGUCGGUGCAGGCCUUGUCCAACCAGGUCAUUCAGCUUUGGGCGGAGCUUGGCACUCCGCAGGCUCAACAAGACGGCGCAAUCGUCAAGUACUAUAGGGACGCUCCGGAACAGCUGGGCUUGCACCAGGAAGACCUCGAUCGCCUCCAGCAAAAGCGGGAUGGGCUAGCGGAGCAAAAGAGGAAUCGAGAGAAGCGACUACGCGACCUCAGAGCCUCUGUCGAGGCCUUGUGGCUGAAGCUGGGCAUCGACGAGGGGGAGACCAAGGCCUUUGUCAACCGGAACCGGGGUUGCGGCCUGCGCCAGAUCAACGAGUUUGAAGACGAGCUGUCGCGCUUGAACGAGCUGAAGAGGGAGAACCUCCACCUCUUUGUCGAGGACGCCAGGCUCAAGCUCCAGGAACUGUGGGACUCGCUAUACUUUUCCGAAGACGAGAUGCUCGAGUUUACGCCGGCAUUCUCCGACGUCUACAGCGACGCGUUGCUGGAGGCUCACGAGCGCGAGGUGGCACGGCUGGAAGCACUCAAGGAGCAGCGGGCGCCCAUGCUCGCCAUCGUGGACCGGCACAAGAGCCUCAUAAAGGAUAGGGAUGACCUGGCCGCUUCGAGCCAGGACGCGUCUCGGCUGAUGAUGCGCGGCCAAAAGGGUGAGAAGAGAGACCCGGGGAAGCUGCUCAGGGAGGAAAAGAUGCGCAAGCGCAUCGCCAAGGAGCUGCCCAAGGUGUCGGCCGAAGUCCGCAAGACGCUCGAACGGUGGGAGGACGAAUACGGACGCCCGUUCCUGGUGUUUGGUGAGCGAUACCUGGAUGAGCUGGAACCCGAGGACCCGAGGAAGGCUGGCCCGACUUCGCGAUCCAAGACGCCAGCAGGGCCGCCGCCGUCAACGGCAAAGGCACCCAAGUCGGCGGGACUCCUGGCAAGGGCCAACAGCGCGAGGGCCGUGCCGCCCCGCUCCAUGACCAAGACGCCGACGGCGACGAGCCGCGCCGUGGCAAGGAAGCUGCAGUCCCCCGGCAAGACCAACAAGGCAGGGGACGGCGCAGGGAGCCCGUCGAGAAUACCUGCUCGCGUGCCCCUGUCAAACUUGAAGCACGGCAGCAACUCUCCCGAGCGGCCUCGUCCGGAAUCCAGAGGCGAGACUCUCCGCAACGGUGCGCCUGUCCGCGCUCCUCCGCCCAAAAUGCGGGACCUGAAGGUGGUUCCCGAACUGCAAACGCCCAAGAAUCCGUACAGGGGUGCCGGCAUCGAGUCGAGCAUCGUCCGACAAGUGGACCCGGAAGACGUGUACGACGACGGGGCCCAAACAUCAAGGGUCAUUCGAUCCAACUCGAACCAGUCGAAUCGGUCCAACCAGUCCAGUCAGUCCAACCUUGUCCAGCACCGGUACAACGAGGACACGUACGGUGAGGGACAUGAUGACCGGUACGGUGAUGGCUACGCAACUAUCCGGGUGCCUCGCUCCCGAUGCCCGCAGGCCCUUCCGCCAAGGCAGACAUCCAACACCUCCCACACCUCAACAGCCAUCUCCGGGUCCGAGAACUGGGAGACGUAUGAUGACAAUAGCGAGCCGGAACCGGACGCGUCGGAAGACUACUAUGCCAAGCUUCGAGCCGCGCGCAGCAAGAGGUAUGAGCCCGAGCAGGGCCACGUCCCUAGCGGCCAGGCCAAACGGCUGAGGGGGAUAUCCCGGACACCUUAUGCGGGGGGGCCUGUCGCGGUUGAUCACGAGGGGAACCGAAUCGUUUCGGGCAGCGAGUGGACCGACGAAGACGUGUUUUGA